CUCAAGUGGAAGGAACAUUCCCACGUAGGAAUCCAGAAAAACUUCAGUCUCUUUCUGCAUGGUAUGGAGAAUCCCAAAUGCACCCCUGCCACUUGAGUCCUCCUCUGCCAGUCAUGGCAAAGAGAAUUUUCCUAAAAGGCUAAUAAAAGUGUUCAGAAGGAAUAUGGGGCUUUUGCAAUCGAGAAAUGCUUGUAAACGCAGGGAAAGUCCAGAAGGUGGCACUUUGGCAACUGGAGCUCAUCUCCUGCAGGCAGAGUUGGCUCAUCCCCCUGAGUCAGACAGAACCAGGAGCAAGCAGGAUGUGCUUGGCGUAGAGCUACGGGACGACCACUUUUUGGAUCAUGACUGCCCUCUGGAGGUAAUCCUGCCACCAGAGAGAGCAGCAGAAUGCCAAAGCUACAAGCUUUCAUCAGAUAAUGUAGAACGCCUAAGGAGGAAUGCAAAAAACGAUGAUGUGGAGUGUAAUGUACCUGUUUUGGAUGAAAAUCACCAAGAGUGGGUGUUUACUUUGUAUGACUUUGAUAACAACGGGAGAGUAACCAAAGAGGAUAUGUCCAGCCUGAUGCACACCAUCUAUGAGGUAGUGGAAGCGUCAGUCAGACAAUCUGCACUCUGUGACAGCAAAACUCUGCGCGUCAAGCUGAGUGUAACACCCCUAAUAUCCAGCAGCAACAGAAGGGAGCAAGACAUUGGUCUUCCACAGAACAAGCAGGACCACAUGGAGGAGAACCACCCCAUUCAUUUCAGACAUACUGUUGAACCCCACAGAAGACAAAGCACAGAUCCUGCUGUCAGCGCCGAGAAGAAACCUUACCGCAUUGACGAGAACACAGAACGCAGAAACCACUAUUUAGAUCUGGCUGGGAUUGAAAACUACACCUCCAAAUUUGAUGCAGACCACACACCCUGUGAGGAGCAGUAUCAGGAUGGCCCCGCACAUGGCUCCCGCUCUGCACAUCAUCGAUGGUCUCAGCUAGAUCGUGGCAGUCUGGGGAAGUCCGGUGGCCGUCGCCUCCCCUUCCUCAGGUCUCUGCGGAGCCGCAGCAAAUCAAACAGACUUCACGGGCAUCACCCAGUCAGCUGGUGCUGUCCUCCUGCUCCACAGCAGCAGCCUCUGUACACUCACAGCAAGCGGCCUCAUGCCAGGCCUCGUGAUGCAACAUCGGCCUCUGUGCCUCAUCCAGGACUAGACUUGGAUGUACAGCCUGGAUCGGGCAUUCCUCCUGGUGGCUUCAUGCCCGUGGCUCAGAGGCAUGAGCACCAUCACCUCCACGAGCAUCACCAUCAUCACCAUCAUCACCAUCAUUACUAUUCCUCGUGACUCCAGCCUCUCAGAAAGAGACACAGGAAGUGAGAAUUGCACAUACAAUCUUUGUUCAUUAAUUACAUCCAUGGUCAGCUGUGGAAGAGGAACAGUAUUUCUCCUUUUAUUUCAAUCUAAGAAAGUGAGAUAAACUAUGCAACAUUGGGUGCUAUGCAUAUUUGCUUUUUUUAACUACUAGUAAUAAAUAACUGUUUCAUCACCUUUCUUUAUAAGUUCAGUAAAAUACUUUCCAGUAGAUUCUGCUCAUAUAAAAAAACCACUUACGGUGAUGUAUGUACAUGUAGAUAAAAAAAAAAAAAAUGUAUUAAUGUAUGUUUCUCAAAGAGUAGCUGAUAUGCCCAGAAGACUGAUUAUAGAAAUUUCUAUAGAAAUAACCACAUAUAUUGUAUGUUUGUUUUAUACAACCUAAUGUAUGUUGAAAUUGUUAUACA